AUUAGUAAAUAAAUAAAUUUCAAAGGAAAGAAAGACAAAACAAAAAAUAAACAAACUGACUCAUCUGCAGAAAUAGGAUCACCAAAAACUUCGAAACAAACAAACAAUUCUUACGUUCGACAAACCCAGCAGCAAGCAACGUCGCUGUUUCAACCCACAUUGUUUUCUUCGAGGCUUAAGGUGGUGGUGAUGAUUGAAUGAUGGAGUCUAAUGAAAACCAGCGCGUUUCGGUUCGAGAGGUUUGUGCAAAUGGAAAUUGCAUGAAAACAACCGAAGUUGAAGCUAAGCUUGAUCAAGGAAAUAUUCAAGAUGCAGAAACCGCAUUGCGAGAAGGUUUGUCGCUUAGUUUUGAGGAAGCAAGAUCUCUUCUCGGAAAAUUAGAGUAUCAAAGAGGUAAUAUUGAAGGUGCUCUUCGUGUGUUUGAUGGGAUUGAUCUUAAAGCAGCCAUACAGCGACUGCUACCUUCCCUUUCGGAAAAGACACCCGUCAAGAAAGGUCCCGCUCGUUCCGAUUCACCCUCUUCAGUCUCUCAGCAUGCCGCUAGUUUGGUGCUUGAAGCCAUCUACCUAAAAGCCAAGUGUCUACAAAAACAAGGGAAAUUUAAUGAAGCUGUUAAUGAAUGCAAACAUGUUCUUGAUGCUGUUGAGAAGAUAUUCUCUCAGGGUAUACCCGAUACUCAAGUGGACAAUAAAUUGCAGGAGAUAGUCAGCUGUGCAGUAGAGCUCCUUCCAGAGCUUUGGAAACAGGCCGGUUCCUAUGACGAGGCAAUGUCUUCUUAUAGGCACGCGCUUCUUAGUCAAUGGAACCUUGAUAAUGAAUGCUGCGCAAGAAUUCAAAAAGCAUUUGCCGUGUUCUUGCUAUACAGUGGUGUGGAGGCAAGUCCGCCUAGUUUUGCAGUUCAGAUUGAAGGGUCUUAUGUACCUAAAAGUAAUCUAGAAGAGGCGAUUCUUCUUCUUAUGAUUCUUUUGAGGAAGUUUAGCUUAGGUAAGAUAAAAUGGGAUCCUUCAAUUAUGGAACACUUAACGUUUGCACUUUCGGCGUGUGGCCAAACUUCUAUUUUGGCAAAGCAAUUCGAAGAGUUGAUGCCUGGUGUCUAUCAUCGUAUUGACCGUUGGAAUUCUAUAGCUCUAUGUCAUAGUGGAGCUGGACAAAAUAAAAGUGCUUUGAAUCUCCUAAGGAAGUCUUUGCACAAGCAUGAACGACCGGAUGAUGUUAUAGCGUUGUUGUUGGCUGCAAGGAUUUGCAGCGAGGAUCCUCAUCUUGCUGCCGAGGGAUCAGAAUAUGCACAGAGGGCAAUUGAUAAAGCUCAUGGCUUAAAUGAGCAUUUGAAAGGUGUUGGUCUCCGGAUGCUAGGACUUUGCCUUGGAAAGCAAGCUAAUGCUGCUACAUCCGAUUUCGAAAGGUCUAUGCUUCAGUCGAAAGCUUUGGAAUCAUUGGAGGAGGCAGUUAGAUUAGAGCAAAACAAUUUUGAUCUAAUUUUUGAAUUGGCUAUUCAAUAUGCUAAGCAUCGAAAUUUGGCUGUUGCUUUACGCUAUGCCAAGCAGUUCUUCGACAAAACUGGUGGCUCCAAAUUGAAAGGUUGGAGAUUGCUUGCUCUGGUUUUGUCUGCACAGAAAAGAUUUUCAGAGGCUGAAGUGGUGACUGAUGCUGCUGUAGACGAGACCGCAAAAUGGGAGCAGGGGCCUCUAUUCAGACUAAAAGCCAAGCUGAAGAUCUCCCAAUUACGACCUAUGGAUGCGAUUGAGAUUUACCGGUACCUUCUUGCAUUGGUUCAAGCCCAGAAGAAAUCCUUUGGACCUCAAACACUUAGUUCACAGGACGAGGAUGAUAAAAUAAGUGAAUUUGAUGUUUGGCAUGGUCUAGCAGAUUUAUAUGCAAGCCUUUCACAUUGGAAAGAUGCUGAAAUCUGUUUGCAAAAGGCUAGAGAGUUGAAGGAAUACUCGGCAGCAACAAUACAAACCGAAGGUGUCGUGUUUGACGGUCGUGGAAAAAACGACGAAGCUCUUGCUGCUGCGGCUAAUGCUGUCAUGGUUGAACCAAACCAUGUUCCAAGCAAGAUCUUGAUGAGUUCUUUGAUGCUUAAAAUGGGUUCCAAAGCAUUACCUGUUUCAAGGAGCUUACUUUCUGAUGCACUUAGAAUAGAACCGGCUAAUCGCAUGGCUUGGUAUUAUUUAGGAUUAACUCACAAGGAUGACGGUCGAAUAAACGAUGCUGCUGACUGCUUCCAAGCAGCUUCCAUGCUUGAAGAAUCUGAUCCCAUUGAAAGCUUCAGCUCUAUGCUUUGAAUGGAUUCAUUUCAAAUGCUUGUACCAUUUUCUUAUCAGUUUUUCAAAUGUAUUAUUAUUAUUUUUUAUUUUAAAUUCUUGGCAAUCAGAAAAUAGACUUAAGAAAAAUAUUUGAAUUAAAAUAUUCAUUAGGUAAUAAGGAGAUGAGAAGGAGGGUUGUCUUAUUCGGGUGGCAGAUGAAUUGUAGAAAAAAGAAACAAUUUUGUAUUUAAUUUUUUGAUGCGGCUCAGUUGCUUCUCAGCCUUGUAAAUGUACAUUCACUCCAUUAAUUUAUUCACCCCUGUAUUGCAUGAGUGCACUAUGUAAUUUGAACCA